AUGAAAGAUGAGGCUGGUAAGGUGUUAUGCAGAGAUGAGGAAAUAAAAGAGCGGUGGAAGAUUCAUUUUGAAAAGCUUAUGAAUGAAGAGAAUGACUGGAAUGGAAUACUCCAAGAGGCACAAGUAAAUAAGGGAUUAGUAAGAGAAAUAAGCAUGGAUGAGAUAAUGACAGCAGUCAAAAGCAUGAAAAAUGGGAAGGCUUUGGGUCCAGGUGACAUACCAGUUGAAGUAUGGAAGGUGUUGAAGACUGAGGGAUAUAUAUGGUCGAGGGACAAUGGACGCUGUUUUUGCACUUCGCCAAUUUUGAGAGAAGUACAGACGUGCUCACAAGAACCUGCACAUGGUGUUCUUGAUCUCGAGAAAGCCUAUGAUAGGGUGCCUCGUGAAGUGUUAUGGUGGGCAUUGAAAGAGAAAGGUUUGCCUGGGAAGUAUGUGGAGUUAGUCCGUGCUAUGUACAGGGGAUCCUGUACCUACGUCGGAUCGUCUGCCAGUUCAGUGUGGCUGUAG